AUGGUAGUUGAGAUAAACGUGUUGUUCUUGAGCAUUCUCUAUUUGAUUUUCAUCAGAAAUGGAGCUAUGUUUUCUGCUUCUUGCUUAGCUUAUGUUUUCAAGACUUUUUGUAUUUGGGCAAAGAGUGAAGUAUGUCUUGGAUCUCUCCAAUUGAUCAGAAACAAAACUGCAGCUAUAAAAGGAAUCAUGACCAGCAAGGAGCCAGAAGCUGUGGCUGUGUAAUGUGAAGCAACGAGCUAAAAAAGACUCCAUUGAUCUUAAAUUGCUGAUUUCAACUGAAAUUCAGUAACUGCUAUUUCAGGAAAAGUUCAAAAAAGUAAAAAGACGAUCACCCCAGAUGUUGCUGUUGUUGUCAUACGCCAUAAAAUCCAUAAGAAUCAAACUCAACAGUUUCAAAGUAGCUCAUUGUUUCACGGGAUCUUCUCCACCGGCAUAAGAACGAGAUGGACACUCAACAGUAACAACUUCAUCAAGAACUCACCAUCUUCUUGGUCCUUUCGAGGCACAAUACUUGACCAGUUGACCCAAAUCUGUCUUUCUGUUGUAUUUUUUAUAUAAAUAAAUUCUAGAGUUUUUUGAAAUUAUCUAUGUCCGCUAUAAAAAGUAGAAUCUCAAAUGCUUUGAAAUAAUGUUAUUAAAUAAAACUAAAUCAUUUUCGUAGUAAAAUUAAAUAAUUGUAUUAUUUAUAUUCAAAAUGAAAAUAAUAUAUUAUCUAAA